CUUCUAGAAGGGCAGCAAGGGGAGGUGACAGGCCCUGGCAGACCUCCGUGGGAUAACGGUCUCUAGGCCGGUGACUACUGCUGUUGCUGCUGCUGCUGCCUUGCCUCUCUGCAUUCUCCUUCGUCUUGCCAGAGCCGGUUCAGUAAAAAAUUUUGCAUCCUUUGUUGGGACCCCAUCUCGUCAUCGCGGAGGCGAAGAGGGUCCGUGGGAGAGUGAUGCCGUGCGCAGGAACCGAGAGAGGGGAAACAGACAAAGUCUGGGAGCACGAGACGCGGGGUGGUUGGUGUUAGACAUCGACGGACAAAAGCGAGGCAAGCGAGGGCUGCUCGAAGCGAGGAUGAGGAGGCGAGAGACAAGCAGGAGCACAAGGCCAGGUCCAAACCGUCGACAAAACGAGACACUGCGGACCUGCGAGAAGGUGGCACGCUCUCGUUAUCAGGGAGUUACCGCGCACAGCCCCUCUCAAAUGAUCAGGCAGCCGAACACGAUUGCGCUACACGUAGCCAAAAGACGGAGGAAUUCCAGAAGAGCGGUGUCGUAUUUUUUUGGGCUUACGCUUUGCGGGCAUCUCCAAUAUCGCUACUGCAUGUACUAUCUACCGCUGUGCUUCUACAUCUGUGAGAGCGCAAAAGUCCGCAAAUCUGGCUGUCACCACCCUUGUUCGAGAUGCAAUGCAAGCCAUCACCAGCGUGGAUCUAGACGCACACGCACAGCGCUCGGCAGACCCUGGCUUUUUCUGCGCACGAGAGAUGGCCGAUUAUCUUCAGGAACUCCUGUUAUUACCAAACUGCAGAACGAAAGCUGGAACUUGGUCCUCAUCGGCAAAACAUGACGUAGAGCGGUUGGACCUGACCGAAUGGACCUGCCUGCUGCCAUAUGACCUCGAGUUGGUGCCGCGCAAGGCAGCCAAUG